AACGAAAGUCGGAAUCGGUUUGUUCGUGUGUAUUUGUAACUUUUAUCAGAUAGCACCUGUUUGCAGUUUCGUGGCUUCACCACGGGUACGUGGCGUAAAGACUUGAGUGUAACCAAUUUUGACGAAGAGCUUUCCCUUUGCACCCUUAUUAUACCCCAGUUCUGGACGGUCAUUCACCUAUGGCGUACCCUAAUAUUAUUACCGACAGUUUUUCAUGCAGGAGCAAUAAUUCAGGAUGGAGCAAAGUGGCAAAGAAAUUCAUGUAUGGAUUUAAUACGGGGAGACGGACAUUAGGUCGAAAUGGAUUGUCCGGCCAAUGACUUAGACAAAGCAAAUUAAACUCCAUGACAGCGAAAUCUGAAUGAAAUUUUCCACUGUCCAUCGUACUAGACGCGUAGUGGUAUACGUAUUGGCGUACGAACGUAUUGUCCAAUUGGCCUCCCUUUACAGGUUACGAAUACAGAGGCGCGUGCGACAUUGCCUACUUGCCCGCUGUAUUGCAACGAUCUGACGACGCAGCGCGUCCCGUCCGCGCACACGUCUCAACUUCUAGGGAAGUACACAUAUACUCUUAAACGUCAAAGGACUUUGCCAUUCCACUUGUCGCUGCGGAGACAAUAAACAGCUCAGCAAUGGACCGCAGAGAUUAAUGCAUCCAUCUUCACUGCAUUCAAGAUAAACCGGGAUACCUUAAAAUUUAUUGUUCGUGAAUGCGUAUUGCAUUGUUCGUGUGUGUUUUUCUUUGCUUGCUUAUUGGUACCUACCGACUACCAGCAAGUCCGAAAAUCACCAAGAUAAACUUUAAACAUUUUCGUUUUCUAAAUCAACGACGUGUACGGCAAUGCUUUGGGGCGACGUGCCUGCUCUGCCGGGGGUUAUCACGCUUGGCCCCCCAUAUCGUUGAUGAUCCCGAGAUAUGCUCGGAGCGGCCUGCUGCAAUAUUUGAUAAAUAGUGGCAUUCUGAGUUGGACAUGUGUCCCGUGAUGCGGGAGUAUUUCUACUGUGCGGGCUAUCACCUCACGCGUGUGAUUUCUUGUCGUGAGCACGGCCACUGCCCCAUGUGACCCGGGCUGCAAAGGAGCUCCUCUUUUGCUAAUUACGACAGUGGAGAGUUCGAUAGGAAGAGGGCGAGUGCCAGCAACCUCGAAUAUAUAAAGGAGUGCGGAUCGAAUCGGAUCAGAUGAAUUUAAAAGUAGCAUGCCGGAUAGGUUUUCGCUGAAUUACGUUUACAUGCUGUAGUGUUUUAUUGAUAGUGUAUGUUGUGUAGCUAAAGCCCAGCACGUUCUCGGGGAUGAACUGGAAACACAUGCAGGAGUUGAAUAGAAGCUAGCCAUAUCUUUCAGCUUUGUCAAAACGAGUGCGCCACUCGUUUUCAUUUAGCAUAGCGGUUCAUUCGACAUGCUCGUCAUGGUAAGAUUCUAAUAAAAAACACAAGAGACACAUUGUUAUGCUUAUUGCUAUGUUGGGAGCUGCCGUGAAAACUUCUAUGAGUCGAUCAUGCUUCGUCUAUUAGACCCCGGGCAGGUCUGUGGAUUAAUAUAUAUGGAGUAUAGGCGUGACUAGUUAUUUGUGCUGCGUCAGUGAUAUAGGGGGUACUCACUUGUGACGGAUUAAUCGGUGCUAAUCGAAAUAGCAAAAGAACGUCUUACGUGAGCUGACGGCGUCCUCUCGUCGUUAUCGACGGCUGCGAAGGACAAACUUAGACGAAGGGAUCUUUGAAACUCAGGGGCAAGUUGGACGGAAAGAGAUAUCAUCAUCGUCAGUUAGUAGCGUCGGAACUCUCAACGAAUCGUUCAAACGAAUGCUUGAGCGGGACCCACGGCAAGCAGUAGGAUCAGCAACUCAUCUCGUGCAAGAUUACAUUAUCAUCGAAAGUCGAACAUCGCAUGCAGAUCCUAUAUUUCCCGUAUCCAAUAGCGGUGGCAAGCGCUUCGACGUGGGAAGUCGUAGCCUCUCUCCCUUUACACCGCUGGAUUCAAGUGUUGACGAAGAUGAUAUCUGGACCGUCUCUAUUGAGGCUCCGAAUUCUCAUAGUGAGCCCAACGUUCCCCUAAAACCACCCAUAAGAACCCAUCAUCGACUCUACAAAAGCACUCUAAACAAGGCAACGUUAAAACGGUCCAGUGAAGCGGCUGAGUCCAGUCACUUGGCGGACCAACUUGAGACAACGCGAGCCGCUCUUAAAGAAGAGCGUCAACGCAGAAAAAAACUGGAAGAAUCGCUCCGCCGUCUUCAAAGAAGGUCAUCAAGGGUCCUCAGCACUCCGUCUGAACCGGGAUCAUCUGCAGAAAUUAUUUCACCGCACUAUGUACUUAUCGCUUAUGCCGAAGAAGUGAGUCAAAGAACGGCCGUACAACUCGAUCUGGAAGGAAAGGACUACCUCAUUGAGAAGAUGCGAAAGAGCCAUGUUUCGGGUGACUCCGCUCCAGUUGAAGGAUGGUUGGAGGUGUCGCCGAGUUGUGGACUUCACGAAGUUUGGCGUGAAAAAUACGUUGCUCUAUCAUCUCGAAAACUUCUCUUUUUCGACUCAUCCGAGGAUUUUGUCAGACAGCGGCCAAGUCGAGUAAUCCAACUUGAUAAAAUUAUCACAGUGCGUAACGUUCAAACUGAUAUGUAUGGAGCAUUCCGAGCAACUUCUAACGAUCAACGCUGUAUUCAGGUGUCCUACGCCGCUGAAGGUGAAACAAAGGCCAUUCACAUUUUUGAGAAAACUCGUGAUUCCGAGAAAUUGUUGCGGAGUUUUUUUGAUUACAAACAAAAACAGAAAUCUAGUAGAAUACUCUAUAUCAGGACAAAGACCUACCGUGACAAACAACAAUGGCUUAAGAGACUUAAGACGCGACUGGCAACAUGUCCUUACACAGGCAGCGCCUGUAUGGUCGGGGGCGCGCUCCUUCAUUGCUUACACAACCUCAAAGAAUUCUCUGGUGCAGGGGACUGAGAGUACCGCUAUUUCAACUUCAGGUUCACUGGGGAGAGACUCGAGUCACCGCGAACUGUUGUACUAAUGACUGUGUCUAGUUGAACCGGAAUGAGACACCGUCUACCGUCACAAUGAGGAAAUUAUCAUCCGUUGACGGCCUCAAACAUUUCGAAACAGCUGGUCUGUCCAUUGGCGCCUUGAGCAUUUCGGCAUACUUCAGCGUCGGUCUUUAAAAAGAAUAGCUUUUGGUAUCGACAGAACAAAUAGCCGCUCAUAUACCACGCUUUGCGGGAGCUCAAACUGCCUAUAGUUUUGAACUUUUGGCGCGCUUGCCAAUCAGUGCUACAGUAAAUUAGUCCGGGCAACGCGGUACGUAUUAGCGAGAAAAAUCAUAUCAGCAGAUAUUUAACACUUGUAAUUGUUUUAGGUAGACGUACUUUGUGAAAUAAGGCAAUUUCUUAUUACCUAUAUAUAUAUAUAUAUAUAUCGAAUUAAUGUUUUUUAUUUAAUUCGUAAUUCUUGCAUAUACAUAUGUAUGAACACACAUGUUGUUGCAUGUGUGCUUGGGCCCACGACCUUCGCUCAAUGAUCGAAAUUUCUGCGAGUGAAUCCUCUUCAACGUUGUGCCCAUGGAUACAGAGCAUACCGAUGGCUUACGCAUAAACUGAUUCAUAGUUCAGGGUAAAUCAAAUUGAGUGUAUUCGCGCAAUAAAAGAGAAUAUUUUGAAGGAUCUUAAGGAACAGAAAACUAGUUGACGUUUAGAAUAAAUAUUAACACAAAAACGGUAAGCCUCGCACCUUUGUGAUUCCUUAAUACAUAUUUAUUAUCCUAAUUUUACAUAACGUUGGUAAAGUGAAAUGUUCUCGAAUUAAGAAACCGUAUGCUGCAAGCUUUUUAGCUCAUUUGGGCUUCGAGGUCCAGCUUUCGGUUCAGUCAUGCUGUUUUUCAGACGUUUUCAGUAAGUUUCUCCAGUUGGCCCCAUAAUGGCGCAAUAACAAAGUGACUUAAGAUAACUGACAUGAGUGACUACUGGACAUGUGCAAUAGUCUGGGUUAAAAACGGGGCAUAGAUUCGUGUCUGAAGCGAUGCUUAACGUCUAUACUGGUCAUAACGUCCAAGAUAGUCUUUCGUUUUGUCAAUGUGGCUAGGUAAUUUGUAAAAACGUAUAAACCUGUGAUCUGUUCUAAGUGAACGUCGAAAAAGCCAUGCGUUUUGGGCUGAAGGUAAACGUUGAUUAUUUCUUCUGUUGUUUCGAUUAUUUUGGUCAAAUGUCAAAAAGGAACAGGUGAAUUUAUAUGUUCAAUAAAACGAAGAUACAAAUCAGUGAGCCAUGACAUGGAUCUUUGACUGUUGUUUACUGGACAGUGAUAAGUAAAUGGUACGAUAUUAUUAUAAUAGGGUAAUAAAUACAACCUUCUAAUAUUACCGUUAAUUGUU